AUGCGUGCCGUCGCUGGUGCUGAUGGCGGCGCUGGUGCUGGUGGUGCCGUGCUAGCGAUCAACACAAAAGUCCAAUUAACGGACAACCCUCAUCCACAACCCAUGCCCCUCACCCACACCCCAGGACCCUCAUCCACACCCCAGGACCCUCAUCCACACCCUAAAUCCCUCAUUCGCACCCCAGAACUCUCACCCUCACCCCAGACCCCUCAUUCGAAACCCAGAACCCUCAGCUGCACCCCAGGCCCCUCAUCCACACCCCAGGCCCCUCACCCGCAUCCCAGAACCCUCACCCGCACCCCAGGACCCUCAUCCACACCCCAGAACUCUCAUCCACACCCCAGACCAUUCUUCCACACCCCAGACCCCUCACCCACACCCCAGACCCCUCAUGCACACCCCAGACCCUUCGUCCACACCCCAGUCCCCUCAUCCACACCCCAGACCCCUCACCCACACCCCAGACCCCUCAUCCACACCCCAGACCCUUCGUCCACACCCCAGGCCCCUCAUCCACACCCCAGACCCUCCGUCCACACCCCAGGCCCCUCAUCCACAUCGCAGACCCCUCAUCCACACCCCAGACUCUUCAUCCACACCCCAGACCCUUCAUCCACACCCCAGACCCCUCAUCCACACCCCAGACCCUUCAUCCACACCCCAGGCCCCUCAUCCGAAACCCAGACCCUUCAUCCACACCCCAGGCCCCUCAUCCACACCCCAGACCCCUCAUUCACAACCCCGACCCUCAUCCACCCGCACCCCAGGCUCCUCAUCCACACCCCAGAACCCUCAUCCACACCCCAGACCAUUCGUCCACACCCCAGACCCCUCACCCACACCCCAGACCCCUCAUCCACACCCCAGACCCAUCGUCUACACCCCAGGCCCCUCAUCCACACCCCAGACCCCUCAACCACACCCCAGACCCCUCAUCCACACCCCAGACCCUUCGUCCACACCCCAGGCCCCUCAUCCACACCCCAGACCCCUCAUCCACACCCCAGACUCUUCAUCCACACCCCAGACCCCUCAUCCACACCCCAGACCCUUCAUCCACACCCCAGGCCCCUCAUCCGUAACCCAGACCCUUCAUCCACACCCCAGGCCCCUCAUCCACACCCCAGACCCCUCAUCCACACCCCAGACCCUUCAUCCACACCCCAGACCCCUCACUCACACCCCAGAUCCCUCAUUCGCACCCCAUUCCCGUGUCCCCCCUUGCAAGCACACCGGCAGUUCACUUCACUGGGUUCUCCUUCCCUUCUUUUCUUCUGA